CUGCAAUAGGCGAAGAAGAAAGAAAGCCCAAAGUUAACAAGUUUUUUGUACAAAGAAUUAACAAAAACACAGUAAAAUUAGCAAAGUAUAGCAGCCUAUCAUUAAAGAAAGAGUAUAGAAAAAAAAACUGGCCGCCCAGAAGCCAAAAGAAAACAAAACCUACAAAUAAUUUAGACCUUGAAAGCAACAACUCAAUUCACAACAUGUU